UUGUUUGAUCAAUGGAUGUCGUUUUCGGGUCAGUAGAAAGUAAUCGGCAGUCCGGUCAAUUCGCAGUUCGGACACUCCUGCAACGUACCUACAGACUACAGGACAUAUAGCGCCCGUUUCCGUACGGUUUAAAAUACUACCCCGACGACGUCGACGACAACAAACACAAACGACAACACUGCACCAGUUGCAUUGGCGCAUUAUCAUUAUUCGAUCGGCGUCGUAAUACUAUUAUCACCCACACCAGAUGGCUACAAUAUAAACGAUAUACAAUAUCAACUAUUUUAUCUCGUGUCUUACAAAUUAUUCUGGCGUGUCCUGACCGAACCAGUCUCGCCAAUCUUUUACGUUUUUUCGUUUUCACACUGCUCGUAGUUCCGGCACAUCGCAAUCCCCACUACUGACGAUGGCUUAUUUCACGCGCAGUCAUCGUAAUAAAUGUACGAGUACUGAGUAGUACGACACCAGAACUUCAUCCGUUUGCAUCCGGCUCUGUGUCCCAUCAACGUCUAUUAAACGUCGAAUAACAAAUUCCUUGUGUUAGUUCUUCUAUUACAAAGAAGCACACCACCAUGCCUGCUGGUAUAGAAAACGUCGAUGAAGCGAAUCGUCACCCACAGCCGCCAACGAUGACGCUGGAAGGAAGGAAACCAGUUCUCAUUCAGCCCAUUGAAAAUGAAAAUGUCGUAAUAGAAGCUAUGGACUCGGAAGAUGAAAACGAUUUUGACUUCGGUUUUUAUGAUGGAAUGGAACUAGAAAAAAUUCUUGGACUCACGAAAAAUAACGGAAAACUUUUCUUUUUAAUUAAGUGGAAAAAUCAAGUAUCCGCAGAUUUGGUGCCUAAACAAUUAAUUCAUGAGAGAUAUCCACAGUUAACUAUUGCGUAUUACGAGAGCAUAUUCCGGUUUACUGAUACAUAAACCGAGGAUUAAUUUCUUUUUUUCAUAUUUUUUUUCAUAUUCUUUUAUGUACAAUCAAUGAAUAAUAUGGUUUUAAUAUUUAUAGAUUAUCCAUUAUAGUUUUGUCUGUAAAUAAUAGAAGAAUAUUCUUUUAUUAAUUAUGUCAAUGCCAUUAUUGUUUAUAAUAAUUAUAAUAUUAUUUAAUUAAUUACCUAAAUAUAUAUAAACAUAUAGUAUAA